AGUAUUGUCUUUCUAUCAAUAACAUAGCGACAGCAUAAAAUUCAUCAAAUCGAUUAACUAUACGAAGCAAAUACCGAGGAUAUCGUUGAGCAUAAACCGAUAAAAUAUAUCUGACAGCUGGUUGAAUAAGCGCUCGCAACUUUUCUUGUGCUAAUAAUUCGAACAAAGAGGGCCGAUAUAUAUCGGCACCUGAGCUAAUAUCACUCAUAAAUUCCAUCGUAGGAAGGAAUAAAACUGUUAAAAUGGCAAUCACAUUUCGCUUUUUUUUUGAAAUUUAUUAAAUCAUGAAGUUAGGUUUAAUACACGGUUUAAUACCAAAUAUUCAAAAAAAAUCAACAAUUGAUUUUAGUUCUAAUCGCUCAUAUAUUUUUGAUAUAGCGUUAAAUAAUUCAUUUUGUGUGGUAUCGGGUUCAAACCAUGAAUUAAACUCAUAUAAUUACAAUAAUAAUUCUCUUAUAUUUAAUGGAAAAUUAUCUUAUCAUAAUGAUACUAUAACAAAUUUGAAAAUACACAAGGACCAUUUUUUAAUGUCAAGUUCAAAGGAUGGCCGUAUUGCUAUUUGGGAUCUGAGAACAUCGAAUCGAGACCCUUCACAAAUUUUAAUGGCGAAGAAUCGAAAACCUUUACUUUCAUUUGAUAUCAACAUAUCUGAUACCCUUUUAGCGGCAGGUACCGAACUCGUUGCAAAAGAUGCUAGCAUUUUAUUUUGGGACUUGAGAAAUCCGUCAUCAGUAUACGCUGAAUUUAUUGAAUCACAUAAUGAUGAUAUUACGCAAGCUAAAUUUCACCCAAUAAGUCCAACUCAGCUAAUUACAGGUUCAGUUGAUGGGUUGAUAUGUAAUUUUAAUUUAAAUAGCUUUAAAGAAGAUAAAGAUCUGGUUGGCGUAAUAAAUUCUGGAUCAUCAAUCAAUCGAGCCGGAUAUUUUGGAAAUGCCGAAUAUGUUUAUUGUCUGACACAUAAUGAAACAUUUAGUUUGUGGGGUGCCCCCGAAGCAGAUCUAUUAUGUGAUUUUGGAGAUAUACGGCAAAAUUCCGAUCAAAGUCUUGUUCGGAUCGAUUAUGCUAUCGAUUGUCAAUUCGAUUUAUCCACCGGUAGAUUAUAUCUCUUUACCGGAUCUAACACCGGAGAUAUCAGUAUGAUACACGUAAAUGCUAAUGAGCUACAAUUAUGCCAAACUUUUAAUGGAGCUCACUCAGAAAUAGUUCGAAGCAUCUGUUGGAAUCCACAGACAAAUAUUUUUCUGACGGGCGGCGAGGAUUCGAAGCUGUGUUUAUGGGGACCAUAAGUAAGUAUUAAUAUAACUCUAUUAAAUAUGUAAAUAUUGGUAAAUUUCAAAUAUUUGAUCAACCGGAAUGGGUUAUAUUAAAUUUAUGUAAGUCCUUGAUACAUUGAAGACCUUUUCAGAAAAGAAUUAAUCGUGUGAUUUGUGUAAAAAAGAGUGAAUGGAAAUAAUGGCGCAAGAAAUGUAUGGCACAAAGCUUCAGUCGGAGAAAGUCUCUUGGAAGAGUCAUAAUUGAAAAUUUCAUCAAC